CAGUCAUUUCAUGUUAGUUAGGUUAUGUGUACACAAAUGUUGAGUGUUUGUAAACAACAUUUUUCAAGCAAUAAAAAUAAACAUUUCUCGCAUAAAUUAAGCUGCAAAAAUAUAAACUGAAGAAACAAUGGAGGAUCAGGAUGUUAUAACGACGCAUUGCAGAUCUAUUUUUGACUUGCCAGUGGAGGAUAUAGUAAUUACGCACAUUGCAAAAUAUUUAACCUUGGUGGAUAUAUUCAACUUCCGGACUUGCUCCAGGGAUUCCAGGGAUUUGGCCAAUAAAAUGCUUGCUGGACGCGAUGAAGUUGCACUAACUCAGGUUACGGAAACGUGUGGAGAGAUGGCCUUUCGUGUAAUUGUACAAAAUUGCAGGAAGUUGAAAAAAUUCCGACUGCAUUUCCUGACUUGGCUGACGGAUGAAUUGCUUAUAGAAUUUCUUCAGAAUAAUCCUCUGCUGGAGAUGGUAGAAUUCUAUUAUUGUCAAAAUGUUACUUGCGAAGGUCUCCGUCCACUCGUUUCCUGCAAGAAUAUCGUGUCUCUAUGGCUAGCUCUGAUGAAAUGUGACGAUAAAUUGCUCCAAGACAUUAGUCUGCACAAUAACAAUCUUAUAGAAGUAAACUUAAGCUCUGUCUGGAAAGUAUCAGCAGAGUGCCUGGUUGAGUUUUUCAAAAGGCAGCCUCAGCUACACGUGAUCUUCAUGCCUUCCUUGGAAGACGGACAGCAAGUUGUCCGAACAAUUAUUGAGCAUUGUCCAAACAUACGAAAUUUCUGCAUCAUGGAUUGCGAACCCGUGACUGACGACCUAGUUCUGGAAAUAAUCCAAAAAUGCAGCAAUCUCAAAGUCCUGUGCCUUCCAUGGUUUUACUCAACUGAAAUUAUGUCCAAGGAGGUGAAACGUAAAAUGGAGAAAAAGAAAAUAUAUUUGGGUGAUCCAGGACAGCCGUACUUUCGUGUAGGAAAAUUUGAAUACCUCUAUCAUCCCUGGUUCAUACAUAGAGACUGCUGGCACAAAGAACAAAGAUGUGUUAACCUAGAAGGAGUCAGGAAAUGGAGGGCGACACCAUGGCCUUAAUAUUUGUAGGAAGUUGUAAAUUGUAAUCCUUGUAAUAUACUUUUUUUUUUAUAAAGAAAUGCUUAUAGCA